AUGAGGAUUGGAUAUCCUGGAUCAUGCACAUGCGUGACGUCAGUGUCUUACUCAUACUUGGUGAACGGCACGGCGCAAGGGAAAGUGAACCCGUCUAGAGGAAUCAGACAAGGCGACCCACUCUCACCUUACCUUUUCAUUCUUUGCUCGGAAGUCUUAUCAGGUUUAUUGAAGAAGGCGCAGAAAACAGGAGAAGUCGCAGGGGUCAAGGUAGCUCGAGGAUGCCCGGCUAUUAACCAUCUAUUAUUCGCUGAUGACACUAUGAUCUUCAGUAGAACAGACCCCCGAAGCUGCAAAGCCCUGAUCUCUAUUCUUCGGAAAUACGAGACGGCAUCCGGGCAGUUCAUCAACUUGGAUAAGUCAGCAAUUACUUUCUCCGCAAAGACUCCAGGAGCAACUAAGAGACGAGUUAGAGACGAACUACACAUUCUUAGUGAAGGAGGACUUGGUAGAUACCUUGGACUCCCAGAACACUUCGGCCGGCGUAAGAGAGACAUCUUCACUGCGUUGAUUGACCGUAUCCGCCAGCGUUCUCACAGUUGGACCACUCGUUUCCUUUCUGGAGCAGGGAAAUUGAUCCUUUUGAAAUCGGUUUUGACGGCCUUGCCAACCUACACGAUGAGUUGUUUCAAACUCCCGAUGUCUCUUUGCAAACAAAUCCAAAGCAUCCUUACGAGAUUCUGGUGGGAUAAUACCCCGGGAGUCAAGAAAAUGGAUUGGGUUUCAUGGGAGAGAAUGGCUAGGCCCAAGAGUGCGGGUGGACUUGGGUUCAGAGAGAUUGCUCAAUUCAAUGAUGCCUUGCUAGCAAAAUUAGCGUGGAGAAUACUCAAAGAUCCAACGACACUGUUGGCAAAGACCCUCGCUGGAAAAUAUUGUCUUCACUCACCUUUCUUAGAAGUCCAAACCCCGGCCAGUGCAUCUCAUGGUUGGCGUGGAAUAUUGGUAGGUCGAGAUCUUCUUCUCAAGGGAAUGGGCUGGGCCAUUGGCUCGGGAAGAGAUGUUGGAAUCUGGACCGAACCAUGGCUGUUAACGACGGAACCAAAGGCUCCAAUUGGACCCCCAACUGCAGAUACGAAAGACUGGAAGGUUUGCAGGCUCAUCCUUCAUGGAACCAACGACUGGGAUGUUUCACUGAUUCAACAAGUUUUACCUCUUUAUGAGGAGAGCAUAAGGAGACUGGUCCCUAGUACCUUCCUAGCGCCUGAUGAAAGAGUAUGGCUACCUAACGCAUCUGGAUUGUACACUACGAAGUCGGGUUAUGCCCUUGCAAAGCUAUGUGUGGGAACCUCUGACGACCAGGCCUUCAACUGGAAAAAGGGGGUCUGGCAAGUUGAUACAUCCCCAAAGAUCAAGCACUUCCUCUGGAAGGCCAACAACAGAGCUUUACCAGUCGGCUCUGUUCUAGAAAGAAGAGGUUUGUCCCUGAAUCCAGUGUGCAAACGAUGUGGGGCUGUGGAAACAGAGCUCCAUGUGCUCCUUAAGUGUCCUUUCGCAGCAAAAGUUUGGGACUUGGUGCCUAGCUUGUUCAAGCCUGCGAUUGAUGACGUUGAUUCUGUUACAGCCCUCCUCCAAAAAUGUCGAAAAAUGGUGUCUCUGCCUCCAUCUGGGUUGGGCGCAACGCCAAUCUACCUUUGGGUUUUAUGGAUUCUGUGGACAAACAGAAACAGACUGCUUUUUGAAGACAAGUUCUUCUCUGAGGAGGCUACUGUUCUAAAAGCUUUACAGGAUGCUAGAGCUUGGAAAGCAGCUCAGAUAGUUGUCGAAAAAUCCUCUCUACCACAUAGUGUGGUUUCGCCUUUACAUGUUACUCAUGUUGAUGCUUGCACUUGGUCAUCUUUUUCAGAUGCAGCAUGGGACUCUAUCUCAGGGAACUGCGGAAUUGGGUGGCUCAUCCGAGACUCAUCAAACACCUUUAUCGAAAGUUCCUCCGCGUACCGGCGUUACGUUCCUUCAGCUCUGGUGGUUGAAGCGUUGUCGGUUAAAGCAGCUAUGACAGCGGCAAUCUCCUCACAUGUCAGCAGCCUCCUGGUCUGUUCUGAUUCAAGGACCCUCAUCUCACUCUUGAAGUUUCAUGGACAGGAUGUGGUCCUGAAAGGUGUGCUCUACGACAUUAGAUUCCUGGCGCGCUCUUUCACCUCUAUCUCUUUUCAGUUUAUCCCGCGUUUAGCAAAUGUACAAGCUGACUCUCUCGCUAAAGCAGCUUUAGUUUCUAUGCCUGCACCUGCUACUUGUGUUGUUUGA